AUGUCAGAGAACAGCAGCGACAACAAUGGCGACCAACAGAGCCAGGGCCAGGGUGCGGAGGGCGAGGCCGUGGGCGAAAACAAAAUGAAGUCGCGUCUGCGCAAAGGAGCCCUCAAGAAGAAGAAUGUCUUCAAUGUCAAGGAUCAUUGCUUCAUCGCACGCUUCUUCAAGCAGCCCACAUUCUGUUCUCAUUGCAAGGAUUUCAUCUGCGGCUAUCAAUCGGGAUACGCAUGGUUGGGCUUUGGCAAACAGGGAUUCCAGUGUCAAGUCUGCUCUUAUGUGGUGCAUAAGCGUUGCCAUGAAUACGUCACCUUUAUAUGUCCCGGCAAGGAUAAGGGCAUUGAUUCCGACUCACCAAAAACUCAGCACCAUUUCGAACCAUUUACAUACGCAGGACCCACGUUCUGUGACCAUUGUGGUUCUCUACUCUAUGGCAUUUACCAUCAGGGUCUAAAAUGUUCAGCAUGCGAUAUGAACGUACAUGCACGCUGCAAGGAGAACGUGCCCAGCUUGUGCGGCUGCGAUCAUACGGAGCGACGGGGACGCAUCUAUCUCGAGAUAAAUGUCAAAGAGCAUCUGCUCACCGUGCACAUCAAGGAGGGACGAAAUCUCAUACCCAUGGACCCCAAUGGACUGAGCGAUCCGUAUGUGAAGGUCAAGCUGAUACCCGAUGACAAGGACCAGUCCAAGAAGAAGACGCGCACCAUAAAGGCGUGCCUCAAUCCCGUGUGGAAUGAAACCAUUAGCUACGAUCUCAAGCCGGAGGACAAGGAUCGACGCAUAUUGAUCGAGGUGUGGGACUGGGAUCGAACCUCACGCAAUGAUUUUAUGGGCGCCUUGUCGUUUGGCAUUUCGGAGAUUAUCAAGAAUCCCACCAAUGGUUGGUUCAAGCUGUUGACACAGGAUGAGGGUGAAUAUUACAAUGUGCCCUGUGCGGAUGAUCAGCAGGAUUUGCUCAAGCUGAAACAGAAGCCCUCGCAGCGGAAACAGCCGAUGAUGCGCUGCGAUACACACACACAUUCACAGUCCAAAAAGGACAUGAUACGUGCCACAGACUUUAAUUUUAUUAAAGUGCUGGGCAAGGGCUCCUUUGGCAAGGUGCUGCUGGCGGAGCGCAAGGGCAGCGAGGAGCUGUAUGCAAUUAAGAUACUCAAAAAGGAUGUGAUUAUACAGGACGACGAUGUCGAGUGCACCAUGAUUGAGAAGCGUGUACUGGCGUUGGGCGAGAAGCCGCCGUUUCUUGUCCAGCUGCAUUCCUGCUUUCAGACCAUGGAUCGCCUGUUCUUUGUCAUGGAGUAUGUGAACGGCGGCGAUUUAAUGUUUCAAAUACAACAAUUUGGCAAGUUCAAGGAGCCAGUAGCCGUAUUUUAUGCUGCGGAAAUUGCGGCAGGACUUUUCUUUCUCCAUGCCAAGGGCAUUUUGUAUCGGGAUCUGAAGCUAGACAAUGUGCUCCUCGAUGCCGAUGGGCAUGUCAAAAUUGCUGACUUUGGCAUGUGCAAGGAGAACAUCAUGGGCGAGAAGACGACCAAAACAUUCUGCGGCACACCGGACUACAUAGCGCCAGAGAUAAUACUCUAUCAGCCGUACGGCAAGUCUGUGGAUUGGUGGGCCUAUGGUGUGCUGCUCUAUGAGAUGCUAGUGGGUCAGCCGCCCUUCGAUGGAGAGGAUGAGGAGGAGUUGUUUGCGGCCAUAACCGAUCAUAAUGUAUCCUAUCCCAAGAGUCUCAGCAAGGAGGCCAAGGAGGCGUGCAAGGGCUUCCUGACCAAGCAGCCCAACAAGCGUUUAGGUUGUGGCGCCUCCGGCGAGGAGGAUGUGCGUUUGCAUCCAUUUUUCCGGCGCAUCGACUGGGAGAAGAUAGAAAAUCGUGAGGUGCAGCCGCCGUUCAAGCCGAAAAUUAAACACCGCAAGGAUGUGUCCAAUUUUGAUAAGCAAUUCACAUCAGAGAAAACAGACUUGACACCCACGGAUAAGGUGUUUAUGAUGAAUCUGGAUCAAUCGGAAUUUGUUGGCUUCUCCUAUGUGAAUCCCGAAUACAUUGUCAGCCCAUAAGCAGCUGUAAGGAACAGGAAAGGGAAACGGAAACGGAACCAGCGAGUUGUGUCGUCAGUUGAUAUUGUUUAUUAAAAAAAGACAAAUACUUUUUUGUUUAUUUGUUUUCGUUAGUCAUAUCAUAAUUGUUAUUUAUGCUAAACGAAAGCAAUAAUUUGUUGUCUUAAGCUUUUAUUUAUUGCUUAUUUAAAUCUUUGACUAAUUGUUAGGCACUCACGAGUACACUAAGUUAACAUACACGACAUAUUCAUUUAGUUUAAAAAACAAUUAUCAAUCAUUGUUAAACAUUUGCUCCACGUUGGAACUGCAACUCAAAGCCAAAAAAAGAAAUGAAAAUUAAAAAUAUGG